UAGUAGCUAAUGAUCCUAGAAAAAUUUUAAGAGACGAAAGAAUACGUUUGAAAAAACAUGAUAAAGGUGUUAGAAAAAUUCUGGAUAUUUAUGUCAUACUCACGGCUUUAUUUUCAAUAUCAAUUCCUUGGAUAUCUGUCCUUUUGGCCUACUUUACUCCUCCAAUUGGAUAUG